AUGGGCGUUGGAAACCUCAUGUCAAAGCUCAAGCCGAGCUCUGAGGCUCAGGAGUCUCAGUUCUCCUCGCAGGCUGCUACCCCUGCUCGUGCCGACUCCACGGUCGAGAAGGAUGACACCAUGAUUGAUGAUAGCCCUGUCAAGUACUUGACAUGGCGUUCAUUCAUCUUGGGCUUGUGUGUCUCCAUGGGUGGUUUCAUCUUCGGUUACUCUACUGGUCAAAUCUCUGGUUUCACCUCCAUGACCGACUUCAAGAUACGCUUUGCGGAGUACAAUGCUUCCACUGGUGAAUAUGCUUUCAGCAACGUCCGCAACGGUCUGAUCGUUGGUCUGCUCUCUAUCGGAACUAUGAUCGGUGCCCUCGUCGCUGCCCCCAUUGCGGACCGCAUUGGCCGCAAGUAUUCCAUCUCCUUCUGGGCUUUGAUCAACAUGGUCGGUAUCAUUGUGCAGAUCGCCAGUACCGACCAGUGGGUGCAGGUCGCCAUGGGUCGUUGGGUCAUGGGUCUGGGUGUCGGUGCCCUGUCCAGCGUUGUCCCCAUGUACCAGUCUGAGUCCGCUCCCCGCCAGGUCCGUGGUGCCAUGGUCAGUGCUUUCCAGCUGUUCGUCGCCUUCGGUAUCUUCAUCUCCUACAUUGUCAACUUCGGAACCUCCCGCAUUGACUCGACUGCCUCGUGGCGUAUCACCAUGGGUAUCGGUUUCGCCUGGCCUCUUAUCCUGGGUGUCGGCACUCUGUUCCUGCCCGAGUCCCCCCGUUUCUCGUACCGCCACGGCCGUGUUGAGGAGUCCCGCAACGUUAUGGCCAAGCUCUACGGUGUCCCUGUCAACCACCGCGUUGUUGCUCAGGAGAUGGCCGACAUGAAGCAGAAGCUUGAUGAGGAGCUUGCCGUCGGCACUGCUCCCUGGCACGAGAUUCUCACCGGUCCCCGCAUGUUCCACCGUACCAUGCUUGGUAUUGCUCUGCAGUCCCUGCAGCAGCUGACCGGUGCCAACUUCAUCUUCUACUACGGUACCUCUAUCUUCGCUGGUGUCGGUCUCAGCAACUCCUACGUCACCUCCAUCAUUCUGGGUGCUGUCAACUUCGGUAUGACUCUGCCCGGUCUGUACAUUGUCGAGCACUAUGGUCGCCGUAAGUGUCUGAUGAUCGGUGCCGCCUGGAUGUUCAUCUGCUUCCUGAUUUGGGCUUCCGUUGGUCACGAGAUUCUCUCGGCCACUCCCUCCGCCCACAGUGCUGGUGUUGUCAUGAUUGUCUUCACCUGCUUCUUCAUCGUCGGUUUCGCCACCACCUGGGGUCCUAUUGUCUGGGCCAUCUGUGGUGAGAUGUACCCCUUCCGCUACCGUGCUACCUGCAUGGGUGUUGCCACUGCCGCCAACUGGACCUGGAACUUCCUCAUCUCCUUCUUCACCCCCUUCAUCUCCAGCGCCAUUGACUACCAAUACGGUUACGUCUUCGCCGCCUGCUGCUUCGCUGCUAUCCUCGUUGUCUUCUUCUUUGUCAACGAGACCCAGGGUCGCACUCUUGAGGAGGUUGACACUAUGUACGUCCUGCACGUCAAGCCCUGGAAGUCCUCCAGCUGGGUUGCUCCCGAGGGCAUCAUUGCCGACAUCCACGCUCCUCACGAGCCCAAGGCUACUGAGGGUGGUGUCGGUGAGAACCAGCACCACGAUGCUGAGAUCACCGAGGAGGAGUAA